AUGGAGAUUGGAUUUGAAAAUUCCGCACUCGAGACACGUCAAAGGAGAACAGAACGAACGCAAUACAAAAUGCAAAUACCAGAGAACUACGGCUACGUCGUCCUCGCAAUUGCCGCGAUGGGGAUCCCAAACGUCGUCGCCGUCGUGCGAGUGAUCAAAGCGAGGAGUAAAUACGGCGUGAAAUACCCGAACUUAUACGCUCCCGAGGGGCAUAAAAACAAGAAAGAGUUCGAUUGCGUGCAACGCGCGCAUCAAAACACGCUCGAAAGCGCCCCAUCCGUUGCGGCGCAAACGAUGAUGGUUGGUUUGAUGCACCCGGUGACGGCGGCGGCGUUGUGCGGAAUCUGGUCCGUCGGGAGAGUCGCGUACGUCGUCGGAUACGGAACGGGCAAUCCGGCGAAUCGCCGACACGGAGGGAUGCUUGCGCAUCUCGGCGACAUACCGUUGUCCGUGAUGACGUUCGUCGUCGGGUAUAAGAUGGUGCAGUAG